GGACUCCUAUCUUUGACGUCUCGUUCCCCCUUGCCAGAAAGCCCUAAACUCAGCCUCUGUCCGUCUGUUGUCAAUUCCCGCUCCCCAGCUGCCUACUCCCGCCACGUCGAUUCUCACUACCCCUUAACAACAUUACAUCUUACCUACAGCGGAGCUCCCUCGGUGUAUCUAACUGUUCGCUAUGGCUAACGACGAGUAUGAUUUCCUCUUCAAAGUCGUCCUCAUCGGCGAUAGUGGAACGGGAAAGUCAAAUCUGCUAUCGCGUUUUACCAGGAAUGAAUUCAAUCUAGAUUCGAAGUCUACUAUUGGUGUCGAGUUCGCGACUCGUUCCAUCCAAGUGGACUCCAAGACGAUCAAGGCUCAGAUCUGGGAUACCGCUGGUCAGGAGCGUUACCGCGCGAUCACAUCUGCCUACUAUCGGGGUGCUGUUGGUGCGCUUCUCGUCUAUGAUAUCAGCAAGCAUCAAACCUACGAUAAUGUCAACCGGUGGUUGAAGGAGCUCCGCGACCAUGCCGAUUCUAACAUCGUCAUUAUGCUUGUUGGUAAUAAGAGCGAUUUGAGGCAUCUCCGAGCUGUCCCGACGGAGGAAGCCAAGCAAUUUGCCAGCGAGAACAACCUUUCAUUCAUCGAAACUUCCGCACUGGACGCCAGCAACGUCGAGCUUGCUUUCCAGAACAUCCUCACAGAAAUCUACCGCAUCGUGUCCAGCAAGGCGCUCGAAGGCGAAUCCGGCGGAGCCUCUGUCGGGGAGCGUCGUCAGAUCAUCGAUAUUGAGAAGACCCAAGACACCGAGAACAAGGGUGGAUGCUGUUAAACGUCAACAACGAUUUGCGGUUCUGGCCCCCACAUGCCAACCGGAACGUCUCUUGAAUUUGUGAUGACAUACUUGAAUGGUCUUGACGUUUCUUUUUGCCUUUUUAUUUGGCCUCUGCGAAAUGAUACACAAGAGGGACAUUGUUGGCAACGGCAUAUGAGUAUAUGAACAUUCUAUGGCGAUGUUUAUUGGGCCUGACACCAUCCCUGAGACACGAUUAUUCUGUCACUUUCUACUUUGCUUUCUUCUUGUUCAGCCUUUUAUUUUAUCCUUUUUUUUCCCUUUUACCCUCGACUUGAUGAAAAUGAUAUCUCCACACCCAUCCGUCUGUUCAGCCCUUUCUUUCUCGGACUGGUUCUCAUCACAUUACACUUCGCAUCGACUUUGCGACACCUUAUUUCAUCUCUCCAGUCUCUGGUCAAGUUUUCAGUGCUCAUGCUGGCGUCCUGUGAAAUGGCUACACGGUUUGUAUACAGUUAUAUUUGUAGUUAUUUUGCCAAUUAUACUUAUAUCUACACCUG